UUGUUCAGGCAGCGGCCGGGCAGCUCGGGCGGGGCGGAAGCGGAAGCGGCGGCGAAGGCCCCCUCGGCCGGCCGGCGCAGCGGCGGCUGACGUGUGCCUGGGGGCGGCGGCGGCGGUGGCGGUUCCUGGGCCCGGACCGGAUCAUGUCGAAAGUCACCUUUAAAAUCACGCUGACCUCGGACCCGCGGCUGCCCUACAAAGUGUUAAGUGUGCCUGAAAAUACACCUUUCACAGCUGUCUUGAAGUUUGCUGCAGAAGAAUUCAAAGUUCCUGCAGCAACAAGUGCUAUUAUAACAAAUGAUGGAAUAGGAAUAAACCCUGCACAGACAGCGGGAAAUGUUUUCCUAAAGCAUGGUUCAGAACUACGGAUUAUUCCCAGAGAUCGUGUUGGGAGCUGUUAAUAUCUACUGAGUGGUUUUGGAAUAAGUGAAAUCACCAUGCUAAAGACAUUUAGCAAAUCAUAAGCUGGCCUGGCCCUUCAUCUACUAACCGAAGAAUGGUCUGACGUAAUGCUAUAUUCUUGAAAGCAGGAUGGACCUCUUUCUUUUUAGUAACAGAACCUCUUAGGAAAUGUUAUUGAAAACAAAAGGGAAAACCUUGACAGUAGAGACAUACAACUGUGACUGAUAGACUAAUAAUAGAAUCCUAUAUUUAGACAUUUAUUUUGUGAAAGAAGAAGCUGUAUCUGAUUUUUAGAAAAGAAGACCAUUAGGAAAAAAUUCUUUCCUACUGAAAGCUAAAAAACAUUAGUCUAAACCCUGAAUUAUGUAUAAUGUACAUUGUCAAACUCAAAGAAACAAUUUUCCUCACAGUUAAAAUUUUCAGUCCAAAUAGAAGGGGUAUCUUGAAAACUUCAGAUUCUUUUGUUACUGAAAUAUGCAGAGAACUUCUAAGAAAUGUAAAUACUUGGCUAUAAUCAUAAGUUACUGGAAAAAAAUUUAAUUAAAGAAAAAUAAAUGUACUUUUGUUAAAUCUUCAUUUGAGCUUCAUUGGUCAAACUAGCUUUUACAAAUUUUCCCUGAUACUGGAUUUAACAUUAAAUAAAGUGCCCUCAGCUGAAAGGUGGUGUAAAAUCACAAAUCAUGGGAAUCCCAUAUGCUGUAUGAUAGGGAUUUAUCAGUUGAAUACUACAUUCCUUUAUCAGCAAACAUAUUUAUUUGAGGAAAACGUCUUAGUUUGUGGCUACUGUAUGUUACUUGGGAAACAGUGGUGGAAUCACUUGAAUGUUUGUAUGUUCAGAAAUUAAGCAUUUUGUUUAUACAUUGUCUGAAGUUAAAUUGUUACAUCAACUAUGGACCUACAUUGGAGAAACCAGUAUGUCUUGUUUUGACACACAAUGAUAUAUUGUAGUUUCAAACUAGUAUGCAUUUUGCCAAACAAAUCAUCAUUGCAUUUUAUCUAUCCUCAUACAUUUAAUUUAUUGAGGUUACAAAAAAUUGAACAAUAAACAAUAAUACUUUAGAAAAACAA